AUGCCAAUUCAAUUUGCAAAGCGCCGCCACCAAAUCGGAAGGAGUGCUGACGGGAGAGAAAGCAACGCCGGCGAUGUGGAGACGAGAGAGUUCCACAGCUUUCUUAAAAAGGCUUUGACGCUCACCGGCCUCCUCUUCUCCUCCGCCUCCGAGAUCUGGGACGCCCGCUGGUUCUGGGCCAGCUCCAAAAUCCCUUUCCAAUGGCUCCUCUGUUUCCCCCUCGGCACCGGCCGCGUCUUCUUCUGGUCCUACCUCUUUUGCUUCCUUCACACUUUCUGCACCUUCUUCUCCAUCCUCCGCGGCCGCCACCACUCCUUCUUUCGCCUCUUUAACCACUCCAUUCUCAUCUUCAUGUCCUUCCUCUGGCUCGAAUUCUCUCAAUCUUUUGCCACCUCUGUUUACUCUCUUGUUUAUGGCUACAGAUUUUGGACUGCCAUUGGUUUGCCCGAUGCUUGUUUCCCCUUUGUGGUCACUUGUCAGAUUGUUCUUCUCGGUUGUAAUGUUUUGUGCCAUGUGGGUGUGCUUUUGCUUCAUUUUUUGAAAGGUGGGUGUAAUGGAAUUGGGGCUUGGAGCUUCAAUUCGGUUCUCAAUGCUGCCAUUCUCUUGCUGUUUCUUAAUUUCUAUGUAAAGAUGCAUCUUCGGAGGAGAAAGGUUGCUGAUUUUGAUGCCAUUAAAGAUGGAGAUGUAGACCCGGACAUGGCCAAAAACAAGGAUAUUUGA